GCCAGUUCCGUCCGUCCGUGCAACCCCAUCGUCGCGUGCUCCUUCCUCCCCUGGUCUGGUCCGCCGUUCGCCGUCGCCCCUUCUCUUCUCGCUCGCCGGUCCGCCGCCCCCCCCGCGACCGCGAGAUCUCGCCGCCCGGCGGAGCCCUACCCCCGCGCGCCCGACGAUGUCGCACGCACAGCCCCAGGGCGACACCAUCCCGCUCCACCCGUCGUCGGCGCAGUCCGACAUGGACGAGAUCGAGAGCCUCAUCCACGCCGCCCCCACCGCCGCCGCUGUCCUCCCCGCGCGGCCGCCCUCCCCUCCGCGCGCGUCCAUCCCCGUCGCCAACAUCCCUCCCGUGCCCCCUCCGGCCAGCUUCCGGCCCCAGCCGCCCCCCACCUUCUCCCCCGCGCCGCUCCCCUCCGCCUCCGUCGCCAUCCCCAUCGGCGCGGACGGGUUCGGGAGCCCCGCCAACACGCUCACGGAGCCCGUCUGGGACACCGUCAAGCGCGACCUCACCCGCAUCGUCAGCAACCUCAAGCUCGUCGUUUUCCCCAACCCCUACCGCGAGGACCCAGGCAAGGCGCUCCGGGACUGGGAUCUCUGGGGCCCCUUCUUCUUCAUCGUCUUCCUCGGCCUCACCCUCUCAUGGUCGGCCUCAGUCAGGAAGUCCGAAGUAUUUGCUGUCGCGUUUGCCGUACUGGCUGCCGGUGCUAUAAUCCUCACGCUGAAUGUGCUGCUUCUGGGCGGCCAAAUCAUCUUCUUCCAAAGCCUGAGUCUUCUUGGAUACUGCUUGUUCCCCAUGGACGUGGGAGCUCUGAUUUGCCUGCUGAAGGACAACGACAUGCUAAAAAUCAUUGUAGUGGCAGUAACAUUGGCAUGGAGCUCCUGGGCCGCGUAUCCAUUCAUGAGCACCGCCGUGAACCCAAGGAGGAAGGCCCUGGCGCUUUACCCCGUCUUCCUCAUGUAUGUCUCCAUUAGCUUCCUCAUAAUCGCGAUAAACUGAGGGUGGAACGGUUUGCCGCCGCGGACCGUCAGAAGCCCGGAGAUUUUCCCGUCCAACCGGCCGAGUGCAUACAGGUUUUGUCUGACCGGUUUGUUUUGUAAAUAAUAAAAUUUUGCUGACUACUUUGAGAUUUUCUUGUUCUUCUUUAGAUAAUUAAAAAGGGCGUAUAGUAGGGGUAUAGAAAAUCCAGCAGGGAAUUAUACGUUUUGUAAAGGUACCUCUUUGUUUUGCACCUGGCUAGAAUAGUUUGUAUGCUGCUGCCUGCUGGAGGGGUUUGCUAGAAUAACUUGUAGCCUGCUCUUGUGGUUUGGCUCGCCAUGGCGUUAAUUAGCAUGUUCCAUUUAUCUG